AUGAAUGGGCAGAAAAAUGGCGUGCCGUUGGCCGCCCAGGAGGGAUGGGCCAACCAGGAGGGUUGGGGCAGCGAGCUGGGCCGGAUAUCGCCCGAACCAGGCUUUACGCCACUUAAUUUGGAACCUAGCAGCGCGCCCGUGCCCCGCAACAUGCAAGCCCCCGUCCACCCCUCCACCGCUAGCUCGCCGGUGCUGGGCCGCGCAACAAGCAGCAAGAAGUGCCUCCUGCUGGCUUGCUUUGCCGCGGUAGCCACCAUCGCAUUGGGAGUAGGCCUCGGCGUCGGCCUCUCCGGCAGCGACAGCAGCACCAGCACCAGCAGCGGCGGCGGCGGCAGCAGCGGCAACGGCGGCGGCAGCAGCGAGGCAACGACAGCCACGGUCUACGGCGCGACGCUGUCGUCGGAGUGCCAAGAGAUGGCCACAAUCAACUACUGGGAAGUGGUGGACAUCACAGAGUACGACCUGAGCCUGAAGCUGACGGAAGAGAUGUUUCAGUACAACGCCAGCACCGGCGCCGCGCCCAUGACGUUUGCGGGCAAGGCCACGUUGCUGUUCCGCGUGCAGCAGCAGGCAGCGGGCUGCGUGGUGCUCAACGCCCGCAACCUCACCUUCCGCAGCAUCGCGCUGCAGGCGCAGCUGCCCGACGGCUCCCUCUCCCCGGCCGCACCCCUUUGCAACGCCACCGGCGGCGGCUGCGACGCGGGCGGCGCCGUCGUGUCGCCCACCUUCCAGCGCCGCGCCAGCAGCAGUGCCGAGAUGCCGCUGUCCACCGGGGACACCGACCUCGUUGCCAUCAGCCUGGGGGGCACGGUGGUUGAGCCCGGCACGGUGGCGGCGCUGGUUUUUGAGUACACGGGAGUGCUUGGGGCGUGGCCCACCGGCACGCUGGGCCUCUACCGCUCCGCGCCCUUCCCCACCGCUGACGGCGACGGGCUGGAAGUGAUGGUGGUGACGCAGGGGGAGACGACGGGGGCGCGCCAGAUGCUGCCGUGCUACGACCAGCCCGCGCGCAAGGCGGUGUUUGAGGUCACGCUGCAGGUGCCCUCCAAGACGCCCGCCGGCACCGAUAUGGUGGCCCUGUCUAACAUGCCCGCCAGAAACAAGCUGGGGGGCAGCAGCGACGCGAUCCACAUCUACGAGUUUGAGCCCACCCCGGUCAUGUCCCCCUACCUGCUGGCCGUCGCCGCCGGCGACCUGGUGCAGUACAAGCAGGCCGGCGGCGGCAACGCCACCGGCGCCGCCGCCGGCCUGCCCGAGCUGCGCUUCUGGGCGGCGCCGGGGCUGGAGGGGCAGCUGGCGGAGGCAGCACAGGUGGUGCCGCUGGCGUUCCAGUUCUAUUCGGCCUACUUCGAAAACGUCUCCCAACCCGCCGAGCUCACCAAGUACGAUUUGGUGGCGGUGCCGGGGAGGCAGGGAGCCAUGGAGAACUGGGGGCUGAUGCUGUUUGACGAGAACCGGUUCCUGUAUGACAAGGACUGGGAGGGCGCCUACGGCCGCAAGCUGCUUGUGCUGGUGGUCUGCCACGAGGUGGCGCACCAAUGGGUCGGCAACCUGGCCACCAAGCAGGACUGGGCCAUGCUGUCGGUGGAUGAGGGGCUGGCAACCUUCCUCGAGUACAAGCCCCUGUACCCCAUCAUCCGUGUGGACGAGAACUCCACAGGCAACGGCUAUGUGGUGAGCUGGAACCCCGACCCGCCCAACCCGCCCCAGCUGCUGGCAGAUGAUCCCACCAACGCGACUCUGCUGAGCAUGUGGAACUACAACGAGACGCUGUACUCGCUGGGGGGCACCUCCCGACCCUUCUGCUCCUUUGAGAUCAGCCAGGAGCUGGCGGGGCAGCUCGGGGUGGCCGACCUGGCCAGCAGGGUGAGCGGCGGCGAGCGGCGGCCGCGGCUGGCGCCACAUCUGCAAGCGCCGUGCAGCUUCCCCGAGGGCCAGCGCUACUUCCCCCUCGCCGUCGCCAUGGACAACCUGACCUCCUGCUCCCGGGAGGGCAACCACGCGGGACGCUGGGCCGCCCGGUUUGGGGAGCUCAUCCAGACCCCCACCUGGGUCGACAGCCAGCAGGGCGCCAGGCUGAUGCGAUCGGUCUACAAUGAGUCCCACUUUUCAGCGCUGCUGGGAGUGAUGGCAGACAUGACAGACAUCUGCGAGACAGACGCGGAGAGCAACACCACCUGCUGCACGCGGCAGGGCGACUUGCUGGAGGGCGCCGCCGUGCUGAGCGAUGCUCUGGCGCUGGCCAUGACGGGACACUCGCAGCCGGUGGCAGCCGGCGUCACGGGCGUGACGGUGCUGCAGGCGGUGGAGGCGGCGGUCAAGGAUGGCGGCGCGCCGCGGGACGGACAGUGGCAGUACCUGAUUGGGCGCGCCGCCCUAGACUCGCUGUUCCAGAUAAAGCGCUACGCUGGCUGGGUGGCCAAGGAGCAGCCAGAGUGCUCGUCUGAUUUUGGCGAGUACAUCCGAGCGGUUACGAAGAACAUGGCAGCCGCCCUGAGCGCCGAGUGGCUGCAGACCAGCGUGGAGUCAAACGACACGCUGAAGCAGCUGAUCGGGCCGCGCAUGCUGUGGCCGCUGGCCCUGGUGGAGGCGCAGCCGCUGACGCUGUACAUGUGCGAGGAGUUCACGCUGACCCCGCUGUGGAUGCGCCUGCUGGAUGUGCUUGCGGGCGGGCCGGGCGACACGGGGCUGCAGCUGCAGCCCGGCGGCGCCGCGGGCGACACUCCCGAGGUCUCGGCCGACCUGCUGCCGGCGCUGUACAUGAUAGGAGGCGCGCUGCCUGCGUCCUGCAACGCCAGCUUGCUGGAGGGGGAGGGGAUACCCGACGGUACCGCGCUCGCCGACCUGGCAGUACCGCUGCUGCAAGCCAUGCAGCGCUGCUACCUCACCGACCCGUCCAACGCCGAGGCGCAGCGCUGCCUGUAUGCCAUGCCCUUUGCGGCCUCGCUGGCGGAAACAGAUGACUUCCAGGCGCAGCCGCAGGGGUCGGUGGCGGUGGCGGCGAUGUGGAAGCGCACGCUGCCCUGGCUGCUGGCCACCACCAAUGUGUCGGGCUGCGGCGAGUUUGCCUCCGACCCCACGCUGUAUGCGCGGUGCAUGCGCCGCGCCGCCGACCUGACGCCCGAGCUGUCUGCGCUUGCCAACACGCUCACCCGCGUCAGCAGCGCUCACUACGCCGCCUUUGUGCAGUUCCUGGAAGAGAGCUGGAGCCCCCAGGCCGGCACCUCCCUGUGCGGCCUGCUGUCCAGCACUGUGCCGCCUAUGAGCCCCAAAACGUACGACCAGCUGAUCGCCCUGCUCACGGCUGGGCCCGCCAAGGACUGCCAGGCUGGCUACAAGUUGCGGACUGCCGGCAUGGCGGAGCAGAUGAAGGAGGUGUAUGAGGCGCAUGCGGCAGAUGCCUGCCAGUAUGUGGCGCAGCAGCUGGAGGCCUGGGCAGACGAGGCAGGUGGCACGUGA